AUGGCAGAGAAAUGGGGGGAAGCUAUUUUUGCAGCCAGGCGGCGAGGUGAUGAAACAACACGGGAAACAGUCUUCGUUUACACCAACAGCAAUAACACCAGAGAUCCAUUUGAGGGACCCAACUACCACAUUGCGCCAAGAUGGGUGUACAAUGUUGCAACAUUAUGGAUGUUUUUUGUGGUUGUUGCCUCAACCUUCACUAAUGGCCUGGUACUGGUAGCCACAGCCAAAUUCAAGAAGCUUCGUCACCCCCUAAACUGGAUCUUGGUCAACCUUGCAAUAGCUGAUCUUUUAGAGACACUGUUGGCCAGCACUGUUAGUGUCUGGAAUCAAUCAUUUGGCUACUUCGUUCUUGGACACCCGAUGUGCAUUUUUGAGGGUUUCACCGUUGCCUGCUGUGGUAUCACUGGUUUGUGGUCUCUGAGUGUCAUAUCAUUUGAGAGAUGGGUGGUGGUGUGCAAACCUUUUGGAAAUGUAAAAUUUGAUGGUAAAUGGGCAGGUGGUGGCAUUAUCUUUACUUGGGUUUGGUCUGCAUUUUGGACUGCACUUCCCAUCUUUGGUUGGAGCAGGUAUUGGCCUCAUGGCCUGAAGACCUCUUGUGGCCCAGAUGUAUUCAGUGGAAGUGAAGACCCUGGAGUCCAGUCAUACAUGAUUGCACUUAUGAUCACCUGCUGCAUUAUCCCCCUAGGCGUCAUUGUUCUCUGCUACCUUGCUGUGUGGAUGGCCAUCCGUGCUGUUGCAGCACAACAGAAGGAAUCUGAAUCAACACAAAAGGCUGAAAAGGAAGUCACCAGAAUGAUUUUUGUCAUGAUUGCUGCUUAUGUAUUCUGCUGGGGACCAUACACGUUCUUUGCCUGCUUUGCAGCUGCUAACCCUGGUUAUGCCUUUCACCCACUGGCAGCAGCCAUGCCUGCAUACUUUGCAAAGAGUGCCACCAUCUACAAUCCCGUUAUUUAUGUCUUUAUGAACCGACAGUUCCGUUCAUGCAUCAUGCAGCUCUUCGGAAAGAAGGUUGAUGAUGGCUCUGAAGUAUCUUCUACCUCCAAAACAGAAGUUUCCUCUGUGGCACCUGCAUAA